GUUUUAGUUAGUCUCUCCUCCUUAUUGGAUAGUCCAGCCAUCUGUUUGACCCGACCCGACCCGACCCGUAAAGAUCCCGGGAAGCACCCUUAAACCCUAAAAUGUCCGAUCUAGUCAUCUUCGUCUUCUUCAACUCUUUCAAUGGCGUCUUCUUCUAAAAUCUGCAGAUUAUCAUCAAAGAUUCAUUCUUUAACCCAGAAGCUCAGCAAGACGAAUGUUCACAUUUCCUCUUUACCCUCUCCCAUUAAAUCUUCAUCUCCAUCCUCAGCAACUUCCCGUAUCAAUCAAUCUUUUAGAUUACCGGUGGAGCUAAGUUGCUGUUUAUCGAUGUUGCCACUACACAGUGCUAUAGCAUCUGCCAGAUUGAUAUCAAGUUUGUCUGUUGAGUCUAAGAGCUGGGGUUUAGUUCCUCAAGGAAUUUCAAUGCCUUUAUGACGGUAUUUCAUCUUACAACAAGCUUUGGGUAUGAUAAAGACAUGAAAUGAAAACAAAAACUCGGGUUUGUAUCGUUCUCGUUAUCUCUUAUCAAACCCAAAGGGUCCUGAAUUUAGAGAACAGGUCCUAAAACUCUCCGCUUAAAUUCUUUCAUUUUCGAGUUGUCUUUUUGCGUUGUUAUAUACAAUUCAUGGUUAUCACUUAUCAGCAACUGAGUGAUCAGUGUAAUGUUGCUGGAUAGAUUACAGUUUUCAGUGUAGUGUCUGAUCUUAACCAUACGAGUCACAGAUGAGCAGACCCUUCUUUGAAUUGAAAAAAGUAAAUUAUGAAGAUUUGUCAAAUAUCUGAAAAUACAAA